AUGUCCCGGCUGGACUUCCUCAAGUCUUCUCACUUCUCUCUGGGUUAUGAUCCGCGGUUGCACGAUGGCACCAUGCAGUGCACAUCACAUCGAGACGUUCCGGCUUAUCCGUACGUCAUCCCGUCACGGCCCAGCCUGUCUCGAUCUCCCUCCACCCUGUUCCAAAGGGACGCGGGCUGGACAGCCAAAAGCUGCGUGUCCGAGUUGCGCCGCGCAUUCUUGCCGCCGCCUACGCCGUCCACCCGGGAGCGCGCACCGGAGCGCGCGCGAAUCAUGAAAAUCAGCAACUUGCACGUGCACACAGACAAGCAUCCCGGUGUCAAUCUGUCCACCGCGCAUACAGACUACGGCUGGCCGGAGCUCCUGGCGCACGCCCACGAGGGCAUCCGAGGCGCGCGCCUCAUCUUCGACCAGGACUCGGUGCCCUCGGGUGACAGGAAGCAGCUGCGCAUCCCACUCACCUCCUACAAGGCGCACUUCCAGCCCUAUGAUGCUGACCCACAGCCCCGCGCCCCCAGCAGCCACCUGGGGGGCCCCAACACCCUGACUUGGGACUACAAGGGACAAGAAGAGACCUCCUACCAGAAGCAGUUCCAGGCCCUCCCAGGCCCACCCGCCUUGAUGUGUAAGAGGGCCUCCUCCAGCAUAAAACUGGGAGAUUUCAAGACCGGCUAUGGCCCUCUGUGCUCACAUGUGAAACAAACCUACAUGCCUCAGGGGCUAUCCCCACACAGGUAUGACAAGGCCCAGGCAGCAGCCCGCAUUCACCAUGUGAGCAUUGGUCCUGAAGAUGGCGUCUUCCAAAACAGGACCACCAUGGACGACUACUUCUAUGCCUGGGAGCCUGAACCAUUUGUUCUCCACCACGACAUGACUCCAGAGUCACACAUCCUGAAGGGAAACUGGUGCCCUGGCCCAGGCAGCCUCGAUACCUCCACACAGUUCUUCUACGGAGAGCCACCACCCCUGACGCAGCCAUCUCGCCGACACUUCUCCCACGAGAAACUGAAAGAUCACGUGGCCCUAGGAGAUGCAAAGCUGCUCGGAGACUUCUUCCAGACCUCCAUGGGCUCUGACUACUACCCUCCAGUUGCUGGCCCAAUACAGAAAGCACCCUGUCUUCAUUUGUUACCGAGCAACCUGCCUGGGGGUACAGGUGAAUCAGACCUUUUAACCACGAAUCAAAAGAUGAUGAAGCCUCACGGAGCAGUUCGAGCCGCCAUGACACAAGAACUUCUACAGAAGUGCAAGUACAGCCACAUAGAGCCCCCACUUGGUGGACAGUGCUUCUUCUCAACCCAGUACCAGGAUGAGUUUCCUUUUAAGUCCCAGGGCCCGCUGGUGCGGAAGCUAAGCAACAUAUUGGAAAGCCAUGUACCACUGGGCACACCCAGCAAUGGGGCUGCCAGGGGCAGAAGGUAG